AUGGCAGAAUAUGAGCGCUUGUCCACCUUUUCAAAGCCUCAUUUUUCACCAAUGAUAGUUAGUAUUACUCUAAUUGCCACUGGAUUCAAACGGCAAGAAGAAAGUGAGGGAAGGACCCUCCAGGCAAGUCAGCUAGGACAGGGAGAUGUGACCCUUGGAACCAGUAGGCGACCUUCGUUCAUGGAAGGUGGUUCAGUGGAGAUCCCUGAGUUCCUGAGGAAGAAAGGACGCUUGCGCUAUCCAAGAGCUUGAAUCGGAUCUCUAUUUUUCCCCUUGUAAUAUAGCCUUUUUCCCUUUCGAUAUUCUUAUUCUUCCACUUGAUCUCAUCUUUUUAAGGGUCCUUAAGUUUGUCAAUGUACAUGAUUUUUUUUAUACAUCAAAUGGGGUUUUUAGCUCUGAGAGAAUAUAGUCAUUUGCCUCUAAUAAAAAAAGUACUACAUCGAUGUUGUUCUUUGAUUGGCCUAGUUAAACUCAUAACCAUCUUUUUGUUUCAUCCAGAUCAUUUAAAUAGGUUAGAUAUUCUAGUAGAACAAGGCUAUAAAUGUAUAUUUGGCGAAUCUCGGGUACCAAGUGUAUUGUUUUUGAAGCUUUGUUGAACUCAUG